GGCUGUGAGCGAGGAGAGGGAGAAUGCUGUAGUGCUAGCUACACAGUGGCAGGGAGAGGAAGAUUAGGGACCAAAGUGGAAACCGAGCCCCUUGUCCGUCCGCGUACUGUUAUUUGCUGGUAUUUCAGAUGGCAGCACAAGAUAAAAGGAAACCGGUGCCUGAGGCGGCGUCGGAAGUCAGUUCGUUACCGACUCCUCAUAGCAACUGCAACAACAAUAACAACAACAACAACAAUAACAACAAAGACAACGAGGGAAACGAGAGCACGGCAACAGCCACCCCGUCCCCUACCGAACCAAAUGUGUCUCAGACUACGAGUCAUACCAUAGGCAACGGUUCCGGGAUCAACCCGGGAACCGGCGGGAACAACGGGAAAUGGGUUCGACUGAACGUUGGCGGCACCGUCUUUCUCACAACGCGCCAGACAUUGCUGAAAGAACAGACUUCCUUUCUCUACCGGCUCUGCCAGCAGCAGGACCUGCAUUCGGAUACGGAUGAGACAGGAGCGUAUGUGAUUGACAGAGACCCCACCUACUUCGGCCCCAUCCUCAACUACUUGCGGCACGGCAAGCUGGUCUACAACAAGGAGCUGGCCGAGGAAGGGGUCCUGGAAGAAGCCGAAUUCUACAACAUCACACCACUCAUAAGGUUGAUCAAGGAGAGGAUUUUGGAGCGUGACUGCAAGGCAACACAGCAGGCCCCCCCGAAGCACGUGUACCGGGUGCUGCAGUGUCAGGAGGAGGAGCUGACCCAGAUGGUCUCCACCAUGUCCGACGGCUGGAAGUUUGAGCAGAUGGUGAACAUCGGGUCAUCCUACAGCUAUGGCACAGAGGACCAGGCUGAGUUCCUCUGUGUGGUGUCCAAGGAGCUGCACACGUCUGGCGGAGGCAUGGCUACAGAGCAGAGCCACAAGACCAAGCCCUCUGGAGUGCAGGAGGAGGAUGGCGCGAAGGAUGAGGCGGAGGGAGAGAGAAAUGCCACCCCCAACGAGUGGAUUAGAGAUUAGCGGUCGUUUUGCGUUGCUCCGAACUUUUUAAUGGCUUUUUCAGAUCCAUGGAUCCCGGAUGUAGAAUACAGAGAAUUGUAUUUUUUUAGCUAAGUGUGUCUUUGUGUGUUCAAUGAGCAGACAUUGCUAUUGUUUUGUAUGAAUCCUGCUGCUUUUUUAUCAAUUGCUUAAACACUACUUUCUGAAGAUUAUCGAAAAACCCAAACUUCUACCACAUGACCCCCAAACUGUUCCCUUUAGCAGGUCUCUAGUAUACAUUUUCAUGGCAAAGGUCAGUAGCACAACUUGCAAAGCAAAUACAUUAUUAUUAUUAUUAUUAUUAUUAUUAUUAUGAAGAAGAAGAAACCUGAAAAAAGAAAAAUAACAUUGUCAUAGUGGGACAUUUUAAAAUAUUUGACAAUUAACAAUUUACCAAAGCUUAUAAAAUAUACCAAGUUUGCUUUCGCAUGUACUUCAGCAUUGAGCCCUUUAUUUGCUCACAGGACAUUAAUGUUGGUUAAAAGCUUCACGAGCGGUGUGUUCAGCCCUCACAUCGGUCGGCUUCAGUGUCUUUAUAUGUGUUGUCGAUGUCCGUCAAAAGGGACACCCACUUGACAAUCGAACUCUUUGCACUUGGAGGCAAAUGAGAAAUUGGGGCUCUUGGACAAUCGAAAAGUGGAGAUUCCAAAAUGCCCCAUGUGAUGGACUGUGAGCCAGAUUGAUAGAUAUAGAAAUGGCUGCACAUAAAGCGAUGCCGUUAUUCUUAAGAGCCAUCAGCUCUCCAUUCGAGCCCUCUGUGCUUGCCACAGCACUGACUAGCUCCAGUGAUGUGGGUGAAUCUGCGCACCUGUCUCUGAACAGCGGCAUUCAGUGGUCAUUGUCUCACUUGUGUCAUGGCCUAAAAAAAUCCUCUGUGGUGCAUCUUCUGUUGCCAUUAAUGCACCACUGAUAGUGAGUGAAUGUGACUGCUUGUGUCGACACAGGCUGCCUCUCCUCUGUCUUUUGUGGUCUGAUGCAGUGCUGGGCAUUUCUGUUUCUUUGUAUGAUCAUCUGGAGAUAGCUGUCAGCAGCAAAGAGGACUAACCUACAAACAGAAAACGUCAGAGAAUAGGUUGGGUGGUUGAGGAUGAAUGGUUGUGGUACACAUAAGCCUUUAAAAUGUGUUGAGUUGAAAUCUGGACAUUUAGCACUCUGUGUGAAGAGGUUUGAGACCUUUGAUAAUCUUUUAGAAGUGGUGUUUGGGGGGAAAAAAAUUAAACCGCAAUAUCAUUGUCAUGUUCAUAAAUUACCUUUCCUAUGCAAGAUCCUAUGAGGCAUUGGGUACAUCAUCUUGGUCAGGCUCGACAAUUUCUGGGCUCUAUAAGACAAAUAUAAGUCCAAGUCAACUGUAAAACCAUCUGGAUCUUAACAUGGGAUAAUGGUGUAACAAUAAAAUAGCAAGCUAAAUGUCAUACAGUGAAAUUACGUGGAAUAGAAAAUUAAGAACAAAUGAACAAACCACAUAGGCGUACAAAUUCCAAGCCCCAUAGUGUAGGUGUUCCUCUGUUUUUGCUAGCAAUAUAGAUCAUUUGGUGCCUUGACUGAAGCAAAAAAAAUUAAAAUGCCAUAGACGUAUGAAAUGAAUUAAAGUUAGUGGUUUGCAUUUUUGAACUAUUUAUUCAAAAGUGAUAUGUGGUUUUAGUUUGACCCCAGGUCAUAGGAAAGGUUGUGUAUAUAUUUAUAUGUGUGUGUGUGUGUGUGUAUGUGUGUGUAUAAAUGUAUCACAGCUAAAUCUACUUCUGCAUGAGGGUGGAGUGUGCCAUGCCCUGUGUCAUUAGGAAGGCAGGUGGACUUCUUAUUUAUUCAGGGGGUUUGGAGAUCCCCCACAGCUGAGCUGUCUACACGCGUGUCCCUCUCGUCUGGCUUGCGGAUGAACCUGUGAAUGUUCGCCGUAGAGGUGCCAUCUUUGUCUCUGAUUGUCCCGGUGCUCCCCGAGACAAGCUGAGAGGACCAACACAUCUGCUCGGUGUACUAGAAAGGGGCCGGGGCCUGGUUUUGUUAGCGGUAGCUGCUCUGCCACCAUUUUGUAAGUCACCAAUAUCUGUUUGCUUUUUUUUCGUUACAUGAGCUUUGAUACCAUGUCAGUGUGUGUGUAUGGCCUGGUUGUGUGACUUUUUUGGAGGGAAACAACGCAUGAGUACUGUAUGUGAUUAUAGACAUGGGGCACCCGAUGACUUCACUUUGAAAGGGGCCAAAAGAUACUUUUUGACACUCUUUGAAACUUUAUACAAGCCUAAAAACGUUGACUGUGAAGUAAAUUUUGCCUCAAACUACUACUGACAGUGAACCAAACCAUUACCAAUGGAAAUGAUCGCCAUUGACAUCACUAUGUUCUUUUUUUUUUUCUUUUUUUUCAUUUGACUGUAAUAAAGUUGCGGUAUUUAUUUUCCUGCCAUUUUCCCAUUGCAUUUUCAUGGAAUAUAAUGGGAAAUCUGUCGCGAAAACCAAAAAGUUGUUUUGUCAUUUUUAAAUGUGAAAUAUCUUGUGUUGCAUUACUUUUUGCUACUUGUUGCUUGUUAUUGAUAUACUCAGUUGAUUUAUCCCCCUGCUGGAAAUGAAUUUCCUCAGCAGGUGUCCAGUGCUGAUGUGAGUGUUGGGAAACUGAGCCCACCACGGACUUAAGCCUGGCACCUCCCUGCUUUCUGCGGUUGCUUGACAGAAAGAGAGAGAGAGAGAGUGAGAGACCAAAAUCAAAAUCUGACCACACACAGCCUUUGCAAAAUACAAUCAUUGUUGGUGAUUUGAUAAAAGUUUGUUAUUUUAGCAUGAAAAAACAUUUUAAGUAUGUUCAUGUUUUACAAAUCUGUAAAUGUAUAUAACUGUCAGUUGCAAGAUCUCAGUCAUUCCCCCUUAUGAACAACAGUUGUCCUUGUUAGAGCUUAAUCUGCUUCCCCUUGACAUUCAUGACACCUGUAAGAUUUUCAUUGUUUUGUAAGAAACAUUUUGACUAAAUUAUUUCAUUGUGUAUGUUGCAGGCUUGGGGAAUAAUCUGUGCUGAAUGUCCUUAAAGUAUAAGCAAUCUUUUCAUAAGUGGAACAAUCCGCCCUUCACAUUUCAGCUUGGUGGCCUAUUUCCAGUUGUCAUUGGCUAUAAUUG